AUGACAGUAACAGAAAAUUAUUGUGGUCAUCAAAUUAACAAUUUUGGAGGCAGAAUUUCCCUCGAUGGGCAAGAAUCAUUAAUCGGCCACGAAAUAGAGUGUACUUGGUUAAUUAAUAUUAACCAAAAAUCCUCUCAAAAUUUUUCUUUUUCAACUUCCACCGAUUUUCCACAUUUUGACUAUAUUUCUCUUCGAGUUGAUAAAUUCCAUUUAAAAGGAGAAAAUUUAAAAUUAGAAAUUAGAGAAGGAAGUAAUUCUGAAGGAAAUAUUUUAAUUGAAUUUGAAGGGGAACAAACAACUAAACAAUUAAUACAAAAACAGUCUGAACAAGGAUUUGAAAUUUCUUCAUUAAAUAUUGAUAAUAAAGAAAAUAAAGAGAAUGGAUUUUAUGUUAAAUUAACAGGAAGAAUUGAAAAUAUGUUAGUUGUUAAAAUUAAUUUUUGGGAAGAAAAAAAAUUCCUUGCCGAAGGAUUUUUGUAA